AUGCUUAAUUUUUUACAGAUACCUUCCUUGGAACGCGAUUUCAUUCGGGACCAAAGGACGUGUCGCAAAAUGCAGAUGGCGGGAGUUGACAGAAAUUAUAGCAAAAAAUUGGAAAAGCGCAAACAAAAAGAAUGCCGCAAAAAGUGUUUCUCUGGGUCAAGUGAACUUUUCCACGAAAAGAAGAAUGAAGCACUCCAGGAUCCAUUGGACAUACAAAGUGAUGAAACUUCUAAAAAAAACGUAGUGGCAGUUGGUUGUGAUGAAACCAUUACAAAAACAGAGCACAAAAGUGGAAUUAUUGUACGUUUAGAGCAGCACAUUAAAGCUCCUGUUCAUUGGAUCAUUUGCAAACGAACUGCGGUUGCGUCAUUUAAUUCAGCACUUAGAUGGCAAUACAACACGGCUUAA